GCGCCCUCUCCUCACGCUCAGCACUCUACAGUAGAUGUGAGUCAGUUACACGACCCUCACAGUUACAGUCAGCACUCUAUUCAGGUUCAGCAUAUACAGGUGGCUGAGCCUACAGGGACAGUGCAGGCCAAUGCACAGGUUUCAGCUCAGCCUCUAAGUCCCUCCUCUCAGCAAGCAGCCCAGGAGCUUAGCUCCGCGCAGCUGACCCCUGUGACCCUCGCUCAGGGCCAGCCUCUACAGACGUCCACCAGUCAGACACAAGGUGCUGCACAGCAUGCGUACCUUCCCAGCAACUGGAACUACAGGAGUUAUCCUGAGAUCCAGAUGAUGGCUCUUCCUCAUACUCAGUAUGUGAUAGCAGAGGCCAGCACCCCCGUCACUGCUGCCGUCAACAGCAGUCAGGUCAAAACGACACACUAUGUGAUCGCAGAAGGACAGACGGAGCUGGAUGGUAAGCAGGUGAAUGUCCCGUCCACCGCAGCACAGGUUCACCCCGACCCACUGGAGCAGCCGGCCGUCAGUCAGCAGACCACCACGCAUGGUGCUGCUGGCGGCUGCUGGCGCAGUAACUUCCCUCACCAUAACCGCAUUCCUCACAUACUCUUCUUACAACCUAACAAGGAAAACAAUAAACACGAGUGUAUGAUGAAUUACACCUGCUGCUCCGACUGGUACAACUGGAAAAGCCAGUAUUCAGUGUCCACGGCAUGGGUUGAGGAACCCAAACACUUCCCGCAGGAUGUCCAUGUGGAGCUGCUGGGAGCGGGGCGGGACUCGGGGCAGAGCAGGACGGAGGAGAAGCAGCUGAUCCGCCGAGAGGUGGAGGCGGAUGAGGCAGUGUCUCAGACUCUCCAUAGGAAGGGCUAUGAGGAGGAGAAGGAGGAAAAGGAGAAAUGUGCACUUGAAAACAGAGUUAACCAUAUACGCUCUUACCUGCAGGACAGGCUUCAUCUCCCGUGCAAUGGUGAAGUGAUAGUGAGGCAAACUGCUGAAAACCAGCAGGCCAGUAUAAACCCACAGCAGGAUGCAGGUCAUAUUGAACCCCAGGUCAAUGUUCUAGCAGAUGGUUUAGCGGUGUCCCUCCUCUAUGAGCCCCUGCCGGACCCCAGCGAGCCCCAUGUACGAGGCCUCCUCACCAGACUAGAGGCAGUGUCUCAGACUCUCCAUAGGAAGGGCUAUGAGGAAGAUAAGGAGGAAAAGGAGAAAUGUGCACUUGAAAACAGAGUUAACCAUAUACGCUCUUACCUGCAGGACAGGGUGAGCGGUCUGUGCUCUCUGCUGCAGGUUCAGCGUGAGUGUGACGCGAGUGUGUGUGCGGUUCAGAGCGGCUUACAGAAGCGCUGGGCUCUGCUGAAGGAGUUACACACACGAGUGACUCUGAGGCCUGACAGCACACAGGAAGCACACGACCCUCACGCCGUCCUCACAGACACUGAGAGCCUUUUCAGUGAGCUCAGUCGGUUCAAAAGUAAAGCCCAACAGUGCCGGACACAGUUGGAAACCAGUAUAAACCUUUUACAGGCACUUCGCAGCAGCCAUCAGGGUCUGAACGAGACUUUCGGUACCACCAUCAACUCUACAUGGACCAAAGAGUUAUUACAGUCUAACACUGAUCUGUUUUCGGAGAUCCAUGAGGAUUUCAUGUCUUUGGAACAGCAGACGUCAAAUUUUGUGAUCCACUUGAGAGGCCUGAAUGCUUCUGAGGAGGGAAAGACAAGAUUAUCUGUGGAUCGGUCACAAACUUCUCUUCCCACUGUCCCAGUGUACGUUGCUGCUUCGGAAGCAGCACAAUUACAUUCUGAUCCAGAAAGUGAUCCAGAGUCCCUAGGAGACUCACAGAAAGCCCACACCAGAGUGUCCCCCUUCCAUAAGCUCUGUGAUGAGGAGGAAGAGGUCAUCCCCGUAGUUUUGACAAAAGUUGGAUGUUUUUACAGGACAUUUUUAAUGCCUAGUAUUUAAUGUGACAGCCUGUUGAGCAGGUGUAACAACAUAGUUUAUGCACUUUAUGCACAGUUUUAAUAUAUAUUAUAAUACAAAUAAAUA